UGGAUCAAUUUCAAUUUGAAGCUCGAGCUCCUCUGCUCGCUUUUACCGUAGCGCACACUGGAUUGAACCAUUAGGACAACCGGACUAUUAGGACUCUGGAAAAAGGGUCGGGAAAAGCAGAAUUCGCUAUUUUCUUUUCAUUUGAAGGCUACAUUUCUCAGUAAGGACCCGUUGACAGCAGAGCCAGGAUGGAUGCUCACGGCAUAUUCUCACUUCUGUUGCUGUGUUCUGUCACUGAGCUGUGCGUGUUGGCGAGCCCUGAGGGGAAUGACUCCCAGCAGCACCAUACCCAGAACGUCUACCACGACAUCGGUGUCACCAGGAACACCAUAGUCACUGCUCAGUUUGAGUGCUAUCAGAAGAUCAUGAAAAACGACAAACACAACAAAAUAGGGCCAGUUUGUAACAGGACGUGGGAUGGCUGGCUGUGCUGGGAGGACACAGAGGCAGGCUUCACUACAAACCAACACUGUCCAGACUACUUCCAAGACUUUGACACAGCAGAAAUGGCGUCCAAAGUGUGCAGUGAAACGGGUAAUUGGUUUCUACACCCGGAGAGCAACAGGACAUGGACAAACUACACCAAAUGUACGGCAUACACCAGUGCAGGAAGAGUGACAGCGAUGAAUCUCUACUACCUGGUUCUGAUUGGACAUGGACUGUCGCUAACGUCAUUGUUCUUCUCAUUGGGAAUAUUUUUCCAUUUCAAGAGUCUAAGCUGCCAGAGGAUAACGCUCCACAAAAACCUUUUUUUUUCUUUUGUGUUGAACUCGGUCAUCACCAUCAUCUGGUUGACAGCGGUGGCUAACAACCAGGGACUAGUGCAGAGCAACCCUGUGAGCUGUAAGGUGAUCAUGUUUAUUCACCUGUACCUGUUUGGCUGUAACUACUUCUGGAUGCUGUGUGAGGGCAUCUACCUGCACACACUCAUCGUCGUGGCUGUGUUCGCCGAGAAACAACACCUCAUGUGGUACUACCUGCUUGGAUGGGGAUUUCCACUCAUACCUGCAUUGAUACAUGCAAUAGCACGAAGCUACUACUACAAUGAUAAUUGUUGGAUCAGCUCCAACACUUCCCUCCUCUACAUUAUCCAUGGUCCCAUCUGUGCUGCCCUGCUGGUGAAUCUGUUCUUCCUGUUAAACAUUGUGCGUGUCCUCAUCACCAAACUGAAGGUGACCCAUCAAGCUGAAUCUAGCCUCUACAUGAAGGCUGUGAGAGCCACCCUGAUCCUGGUCCCUCUCCUGGGCAUCCAGUUUGUCUUGUUCCCCUACAAACCCCAGGGGCGCUUCGCCUUGGAGAUCUACGACUAUAUUAUGAACAUCCUCAUGCACUACCAGGGUCUCCUGGUUGCCACCAUCUUCUGCUUCUUCAAUGGGGAGGUCCAAGGUGUUUUGCGAAGGCACUGGAACCAGCAGAGGAUCCAGUUUGGCAGUAACUUUGCCCACGCAGAUGUCUUCCGCUCAGCCUCAUACGUGGCGUCAUCCCUGACGGAGGUGCAUCGCUGCUACAGCAUCGACGGGCACACCGAACACAUGAACGGCAAGAACAGCUACCACGACGUCGAGACGGUGACACCCACCAUACUCCGGUCGGACAACCCGUUUGCCUGAGGCUGAAGGUCGGAAGUCGCGGGUCUUGGGUCUGUACAGUUACACAGUGGCAGUUAAACUUUCAGUUGAAAUGGCUGCAGACCAUUUGGAACUCUUUUCCCACCAUAUUCUAGAACAUUUUCUCAAACUUCUUGGCUGUAGCCUUCACAGCAAUUGGAUGAUGGUGAAAAAGUACAUGAACGUUUAUAGGGGGCACUACUCAGCCUCUUGAUCUGGUCAAUACAGUUACCUUCAACAGAUCCACUUUAACUUCACGAGGACGGAAUAGGCACUUAACUAGAGACACCUGUGUAAAGGAAUGGACACUACCUACACUACCUUAAGGGUUUUAGUGUAAGGAAUGGACACUACCUACACUACCUUAAGGGUUUUAGUGUAAGGAAUCAAUCUUGCCAUUUCAUCCUGUGGACUGAAGGGCCUACGACUGUACAAAAACCUCUGACCCAAGAGCCUGAGACUCUACAACAACUUCUGACCCAAGAGCCUGAGACUCUACAACAACCUGUGCAAUUAACUUGUUGGGCCUUCUGGUGAUAUAAUUACUUCCAUUCUGUAAAGGACAAAGGAAACCUAAUGUACAUGAACCUUAAGCACUGGAUUAUGUAUUAAGAUUGGCAGGCUCUUUAUGUCUCUCUUUAUGACAAGACAAGUAACUAAACGUCACAGUGGAUUUUUUUAUACAGUGUACAGUUACAAUUGUUUUCUUUUACAGCAAUUAGCAUUGAAUGUGUUAUCAUGUGUUGUUGUCUGUGGUUUGAAUUUGCAUGGUCAUUGAUGGCUACUUAUUUAUAACUAUGUUACAGUAGUACAAGAUGGACCACCCAUUAGAAUGUUCAUUUCCUGUCAGUGUAUUUCCCUGUCCAGCGGUCUUCUCCCUUCUGUCUAGACUAGGGUUUAGUCCCUCUGUGGGAGUUUAUGUCUGGCACAUAAAAUGACCUUGGUUUUGCCUCAGUUUUAUCUGUCAUAGUUGAAUGUAUGUAAGUCUUGUUUAAGUAUAUAAGUAUUUUUUUCAUAGAGUUGCUUCAUAUCCAAAUGCUGGAGAAAAUUCUGCUCACACGUGGAUACUUAAGGUGGAGGGAGAGAGAGCGCGUGAGAGAGAGAGGGGGAG